AUGGCCACCUGGAAAGAGCUUGAGCUUGGUGCAAUGUCCAAAGUUCAUCACGAGACUCUCUCCUCUGCUAGUCAUGAUAGUGGCUGUGGCUCGGUGUGUAUGGGGGACAAGAAUGAGUCUGCUAUUCAUCACAUCAACCCGGAAGUCGAAAGUCCUUACACUCGCCCUCUCCUCUGGUUCAAAGUGAGGGAGUACUGCCGUGAUGCGUUCUCGGAGUUCUUUGGGACAAUGAUCCUCAUCUUGUUUGGAGAUGGGGUCGUUGCCCAGGUGCUGCUCAGUCACGGUCAGAAGGGGGACUACCAAUCUAUCUCUUGGGGAUGGGGACUCGGAGUUAUGCUCGGGGUAUACGCCAGCGGACCAUCAGGAGGACACAUCAACCCAGCCGUGACGUUUGCAAACUGCGUCUUUCGCGGGUUCCCCUGGCGCAAACUGCCCAUCUACGUACUCGCCCAGAUCCUCGGCGCAAUAUGCGGUUCUGCGAUUGUGUACGGCAACUAUAAAUCAGCCAUCAACAUUUACGAAGGUGGGCCAAAUAUUCGCACAGUACCUGGGUACUCGACGACAGCAACAGCCGGCAUAUUCUGCACCUAUCCAGCAGAAUUCAUGACCAAGACGGGUCAAUUCUUUUCUGAAUUUAUCGCCAGCACGAUCCUGAUGUUCAUGAUCUUCGCCCUGAAAGAUGAUUCCAAUCUCGGCGCCGGGCCACUAGUUCCCCUGGGACUAUUCUUCGUUGUCUUCGGCAUUGGCGCUUGCUUUGGAUGGGAAACUGGAUAUGCGAUCAACCUGGCCCGAGAUUUCGGACCUCGACUGACGUCCUAUAUGCUUGGAUAUGGGCGUGAAGUGUGGUAUGCAGGUGGCUAUUACUUCUGGGUCCCGAUGGUAGCACCAAUCCUAGGCUGCACUUUCGGUGGAUGGCUCUAUGAUGUAUUCUUGUAUACGGGGAUGGAUAGUCCGAUCAAUACACCGUGGAUGGGUAUCAAGAGGUUAUUUGGACCCCUCAAUCAAAGGCGAGUCACACUGCAGAGUCCAGUCUGA